AUGUACGGCGAAACGGCCAAUAAGCUGGUUCAAAACGCCAAACGCACACUCGCACUUCCACACCUGCCACCCUACCAAUCAGAACUCAUUAGAUCCGUCAUACGAGAGGUCAGAGAUCUGGAUAAAGACGUAGCCUCGCUCCUCGCACCAUACUCAGGUUCCUUCAACCCAGCCUCUUCCCCGGAGACAGCAUGCGCUUUACUCGUCAACCAUCUGUGUAUGCGGCGUAACAAACGAUGCCUGUUGGCGUAUCAUAAAGUACGCAGUGACAAGCUGGAAGAGUACUGCUGGAAUGGAGUGGACGUACUCGAACAGCAGGCUCAGAAAGCCAACGGCAAUAGCGCUGGAGAGGGUGGUGCGGCUGGCGCAGAAAGCAGUCUGUCGCCGGAAGAAGAGGAAUAUGUGCGACAGUACAGUGACCUGCUGGCUGCGUACAAGGGUCAAUGGACAGACAUUGAUCUGACCGGGAGCCUGGAGCCACCGAAAGAUCUAUUCAUCGACGUGCGAGUGCUGAAGGAUGCUGGUGAAAUCCAGACGGAGUAUGGAUCCAUCACUUUGACGAAGAACAGUCAAUUCUACGUGCGUCACGGCGACGUUGAGAGACUGAUCCAGCAGGGCUAUCUCCAGCGAUUGAGCUGA